AUGCUUGACAGUCUAUUUGAUGAUGUGAAGCGCAUGAACAAGCGACAGUUUAUUUACCAAGUACUCAGUUUUGGUAUGAUAGUGUCGUCGGCCCUUAUGAUAUGGAAGGGUUUAAUGGUGGUCACUGGCAGUGAGAGCCCUAUCGUGGUUGUUUUAUCUGGGAGCAUGGAACCAGCAUUUCAUAGGGGCGAUCUUUUGUUUUUAACAAACUAUCCCGAGGAACCUGUACGUGUUGGGGAGAUUGUUGUCUUCAAAGUCGAGGGAAGAGAUAUUCCUAUUGUACAUAGAGUGUUAAAGCUUCAUGAAAAGAAUAACGGAACUGUUAAAUUUCUUACUAAAGGAGACAACAAUAGUGUAGAUGAUAGAGGACUAUAUGCCCAGGGCCAGUUAUGGUUAACAAAAAAAGAUGUAGUUGGGCGUGCUAGAGGGUUUCUGCCUUAUGUUGGAAUGGUUACAAUUUACAUGAAUGAAUAUCCUAAGUUUAAGUUUGCUGUGUUGGGAUGUUUGGCAAUAUAUGUACUUGUGCAUAGAGAG